GUGGACCCAUCCUAGGAUAGGGAUCUCUCUCUCUCUCUCUCUCUCUCACCUAAAAAUCGCUGUCUUUCAGUCUGUGCAUCCAUCUCACCCAUCCCCUUGUCCUUCUGAAAGCCCUGUCACCAUGAGAGUGAGAGCCAGAACAUAAUGUAAAGCCCUUCCCUUAUAAAAUUUGUGUCAAAAAGCAGAGAGUACCUAUUAGCCUAUUAGGAAGCAAGCACAUCAUUCUUUUGCUGCAUGAAUUCAUACCAUUGACAUGAUGGCCUUCCCACCUUGUCAUAGUUUCAUGUUCCAAACCCAUGAAGAUCCAGACCUCCACCUUGCUAAUUCCUCCUCCCUCAACAACCUUCCCUCUUGCCCACCUCAGCACUUCCAUGGCGGUGGAGUGCCUUUUAUGAUGAAGAGAUCACUGUCAUUUUCAGGUGUUGAGAACAAUAAGUGCCAUCAUCAUGAAGAAGUAGGACUGCAUGGAGGAGGAGAGGAUUAUUUGUCUGAUGAUGGAUCCCAGAUUGGUGAGAAGAAGAAAAGGCUGAAUCUUGAGCAGGUUAAGACUCUUGAGAAGAGCUUUGAGAUGGGGAACAAGCUUGAACCUGAGAGAAAAAUGCAACUGGCCAAGGCUCUUGGUCUGCAGCCUAGACAGAUUGCCAUAUGGUUUCAGAACAGGAGGGCCAGGUGGAAGACCAAGCAAUUGGAGAAAGACUAUGAUGUCUUGAAGAAAAAGUUUGAUGCACUUAAGGCUGACAAUGAUGUUCUUCAGGCUCACAAUAACAAGCUUCAGGCUGAGUUAGUGGCUAUGAAAAGCAAGGAUUCAAAUGAUGCUGGGCUUAAUAAUAAUCUCAAGAAAGAAACUGAUCAGGGUUCUUGGAGCAAUGGAAGUGAGAACAGUUCAGAUCAUCAUCAUCAUCAUCAUCUCAACCUAGACAUUUCAAGAACACCAGCAACAACCAACAGCUCACCAUCUAAUUCCCAGCAGAUAAAUGGAAAAAACCUCUUCCAAUCCUCCCUCAGGCCUACAAGCAUAACCCAACUCCUCCAAGGCUCAUCAAGAUCAGAUCUUCAGUGCCUCAAAGUUGAUCAAAUGAUUCAAGAUGAAAACUUGUGCAGCAUGUUCAAUGGAAUUGAUCAAGAGCAGCAGCAAGGCUAUUGGCCAUGGCCUGAGCAGCACCAUUUUAAUUAAUUGAACCAACCGCUUCAGGUUAUUCUCAAGCACCCAUUAUCCAGUUCUGCCAAGGCUCAAUGAUCAGACAAGUAAUCAAGUAAACAAUUAGGAAAUUUUCCUAUGAGUUUUAAUUAUUAAUUUUCAAGUUUUGGCUGUAGAUUUUGAUUGAUGUACAGAGUUCAAUAUUUAUGCUUCAUCAAUUUCAUCAGUUGGGCUGAAAACCAGUAAGGGGAAUUGAUUGCCUCUGAAUAAUACACUUUCAAGUUUCUAUA